AUGGAAGUUCCCCUCGCCUUCACGCAGGACGAUGCACCCGUAACCUCCCAAGAGCUACAGGAAACGCAGGUAGCAACCCAGCUGGCAUCCCAAAGUCCUGACGUGGAAGAUGUGAACGCCCACCUUUUCGGCUACUUGAGCCCGUGCAAUGCCCUGUCCAACAUCCAUCGAUUCGAUUUGCUCGAAAACAAACCCAACAAGGCGUAUACGGUCGGUCGUGCUCAAACCAAUGAUAUCAUAUUGCCAGGGCUGAAGAUAAGUGGAACUCAUUGCACGAUCACUUGGGAUGGAACUGCCAGGGCCACCAGUGUUACUAUCAGAGAUACAUCCACGAACGGCACAUGGGUCAAUGGUGACAAAGUUAAAAGAGGGACCUCGCGAAUCAUUCGCGAUGGCAAUGAAAUCGGGUUUGGUGGGGUCGCUCAAACAAACCCUGCCGACGACUUCCGCUUUAUAUAUCGCCAUCUCGCUUGCCCUCCGAUGAUCGAUGGUAUUUACGCCAGAUAUGAUCUCGGCGCCGAGCUAGGCCGGGGUUCAUUCGCGACUGUAGUGCAAGGCAUUCACCGAGAAACCAGCGAGUGGUAUGCCGUCAAAAUCAUCCAUGGCUCCAGAUUGCGAGGGAAUGCAAGCUUAAACGUGUUUGAUCGCGAAAUCACGAUCCUCGAGUCCCUUGAUCACCCGAAUAUCUGUCACCUGAAGGAAGUUUUUAUGGAUGAGGAAGAACUCCUUGUCCUCGAAUUGGUUCGAGGAGGCGAUCUUCUGGAUUAUAUCGUGCGUAAUCAGGGACUAUCGGAACCUAUCGCGAAGCAUUUAACCCGACAGAUGUGCCAAGCUCUUUCCUACAUUCACUCCAUGGGUAUCACCCACCGUGAUCUGAAACCAGAGAAUGUCCUUCUCACACGCGACGAUCCUCCAAACGUUAAAAUCGCCGAUUUUGGGCUAGCAAAAGUGGUAGACAGCCUGACAAUGCUCCGCACCAUGUGCGGGACACCCAGCUACCUUGCACCUGAAGUCGUUAACCAGACCAACAACGAAGGAUAUGACCACCUGGUCGAUAGCUGGAGCGCUGGAGUCAUUGUGUUCUGCAUGAUGACAAAUACCAACCCCUUCAUAGAGGAUGACGAGGCCGAUCUUAAGUCCAAGGUUGCCAACCGCACGAUUGACUGGUAUACACUUUCUAACACAGGUGUGAGUAACGAAGCUCAGGAUUUCGUACGACGCCUUCUAGACUACAAUCCUCAAACUCGUAUGACCCUGACCGUUGCACUUGAACAUCCGUGGCUCUCUGGUGCAGCAGAGCCAUCGAAUACGCCAUCACCGCACAAUGACCCGCAAGAUGGUGUCCUUGCCGACGUCUCGAUGCUUGCCGCGCUCCCGUCCGAGGAUCAAAUGGAUGACGACAAGGUAUAG